AUGCUUAAGACUCAUGAUAGCCCAGCAUUACGCUUGAUAUCAUUGCAACCUAGGGGCCUUGCUGAAACCUUGUGUGGCUCACCACUCUAUAUGGCUCCAGAAAUCAUGCAACUGCAGAAGUAUGAUGCUAAGGCAGAUCUCUGGAGUGUUGGUGCAAUCUUAUUUCAGCUGGUUACAGGAAGAACACCUUUUACUGGAAACAAUCAAAUACAGUUACUACAGAAUAUUAUGAAAUCAACAGAAUUGCAGUUUCCAUCUGAUAGCCCAAGUCUGAGUUUUGAAUGCAAAGAUUUGUGUCAGAAAUUGCUACGUCGGAAUCCAGUGGAACGUCUAACUUUUGAAGAAUUUUUUAACCACCCUUUUCUUUCUCAGAAGCAAAGAGAACAGGUUGAUGAGCCAUUGAGGAGUAGAAGUUCUUCAAGGCUGGUUGGUGGGUUUUUUCCUACAGUGUCUGACCCUUUGAACACAACUGAGGAAAACUAUCAAGAAGAUUGUUUGCCUUUCAUCCUAGAUGAUGACCCUAGUGGCCCUGAGGGGAGUCCAUCCUUUUCGAGAAAAAAGUCCUCAAUAAAGUCCACCUAUGGAUUUGAUCUAAAUUCUAAACUAGAUAAACCAGAAUCAGCAUCUCCUAUGUCUAAUAACAUAAAUUCUAAUUCAGGAUUUGGUAGUAUAACACAAAGCUCUGAAAAUACUGCUAGAAGAUUGGACAACCAUAAAAUUUCAAGAAAUGUCACUGAUCCUCUAGGAUCUCCAGAACGGAUGAUCGCAAGUUCUUAUCCAAAAGGUAAUACAAAGUAUUUUUUUGGUUCUCAUUUCUGUUUUCAUAGUUGGGAUUCAGGGUAUUCUUAUUCUAUUUUAUGUAUAAUGCUUGUGAAAUGCAUGACAGUUACGGAUUCCCUGGAGAAUAUUGAUCAAGAAUAUGUACUGGUGCCUGGCCCCCCUAUAGAUAUUUCAUCUUCUUUGGUGUGUACUUCAAGGCCCAGCCAUACCCCAUAUAGGUCUGGUAGUUUACCCCAAGAGUCUUCUAGUACACUCAGUAGACCAAGUGCUCCAAUGCCAAUAGUUGGUGUACCCACCAAUAGCACAUACCAAAUUGGAAGUUCAGGAAGUCAGGACUCUGCUCCUGGGACUUCGCUUGGAUCAAUGGAUACAGGUGAUGAACAGCCAUCAGCCCACUGCAUGACAAGGGUAAAAUCAUUGCAACAGUGUGCAUCUGCCAUCACUGAAUUAGUUAAUGAAAAGAUGGAGGCAGGAAAGCAUCUAGAAGCAUUUUCUAUUCAGCUUGUUAUUCUUGCAAUCUGGAAGCAAGCACUGCACAUAUGCCAUACACAAGCUGCCUCAGCCAUGGAAGGGAGUCCUAGUCAAGAAACUUCAAGAUAUAGAAGGAGUGCCAGCAGGAAGGUUGGCAGUCCUGAUUCGGAAGAAUGCCUUGAGGGAAACACCCUAGGGCCAAAGGAUAUAUUAUCUAAAAUUGAAAGUGAAUUUUUGAGGGAAUUUGAGCAUGCUGAAGAACUUGCCAAAACCGUUGAGCCUGGAAACACUGAGAUGCCAGAUGCAAUGGAGACAAUAUUUCAAUCUGCCCUUGCUUUUGGAAGGCACGGGGGUGUAGAGGAGCUGAUGGGUGACAUGGAAAGUGCAGCUGCAUUGUAUUCAAAAGCUGUCCGUCUGCUAGUUUUCCUUCUAGUGGAAGGACCAUCCCUGAUUCUUAAUCCUCCGUUUUCUCUGACAAACUCAGAUCGUUACAGACUUCGAAAUUACAUUGAUAUUCUUAAUAACAGGCAAGGUUUUUCAAGGUCCCAGCGAAUGACACUACUGAAAUGUGAUGAAAGCCAAGGCAUCUUAAAGGAAAAAAUUUAG